AUGAAUUUAUAUGAAAAAGCAUUGGAAGAUGUGAAUUUUAGCAUAUCUUUAAAAAAUAAUGAUGCUGAAAGUUAUUAUUAAAGAGGUAUAAACUCAAUCUUAUAAUUUAAGCAACAAUUUAUUGGAGAAAAUAAUUAUUUGACCAAGCAUUAGAAGAUUGUAUGAAAUGUGUUGAGAUUAAUAAAGAUUUUUCGAUGGGCUAUUGCAGAAUGGGUAAUAAAAUUAUAAUAAGUUUUUAGGCACUAUUAUGAAAGAUUUGAAAUAAAAGAAUAAUGAACUCAAAUAUUACAAUUAAGCUAUAGAAAAGGAUGGAAAUUGUUAUUAAGCAUUUUUUUGUAGAGGUAACAUAAAAUUUAUAUUAUUAGGGCUUUAUUAUAUGGAUGAACAAAAGGUUGAUUAUGCGCUAAGUGAUUUCAAUUCAGCUAUUGAAAUCAAUCCUAAAUAUUGUUUGGCUUUUUAUAACAGAGGUUAAAUCUAAUAUACAAAAUAUACAAGGAAAUUUAUAUUCUGUUUGUGAUGAGGUAGAAAAUGCAUUAAAUGACUAUAAUAAAGCAAUCCAAUUAGAUCCAUUUUUUUUUAAAUGCCUAUAAUGGAAAAGAUUUUAUCUCCAUAUUAGAAUUUUAGGCGUUGCUUUAUAGAAUUUAAAAUAAUAUCAACAAGCAAUAACCUGCUUUGAUAAAGCGAUUUCACUUGCUCCAAAUUAUGUUAAUGCUUAUUUUAACAAAGGUUUUAUGUUAACUAUAUUUUAGCAAAUUCUUUACAAAAAUUGGACCAAUACUCUUAAGCCAUUAAAACUUAUUAAAUAGCUUUGAUGUUAAACCAUCCUUCUGGAAAUUAUAUUAUUUAAACAAUCAACUUGCUUAGAGCAUUAUUAUGA